CUCCGUCGGACUUAUACCAGUUGAAACGUAUUUUUGGAAUGCGCACAUCCGUCGCGAUCGAGCGCAUCAGUGAGAGAGAGGUGCAAUGACACACCUAGCUACCGGCUGGGCGGCACACCAUCCUAUCGGAGGAACAGCUUAGUCGAGCACUAGGCACUAGUGGGUGGCACGAUUCGAGGAUUUUUGUGUGAUCGAUUGAUUUCUUUUUCUCUGGAGACAAAAACCAGUUAUUUCUAGAAUUUUUGGAAUAAAAUGAUGCGAGUGGAUGGUGACAGGAAGUGCAUCUCUUGAAUCGCGAUGAAAUUUGUGCAUAGUGGCAUCCAGCAUCCAGCGAGUGUAUAAAUAGAUGACCAAAGCAUAGAUUCACAUUUAAAUAAAAUCCAUGUUACCGUCAAACUUGAUCGAGUGAAAUGUUGAAAAUAAACGAUCAUUGGAGUGAAAAAUUAUGCUCGUGCAGCUGCACUCGCUGAUAGGCGUGUGUGCCCAUAAAACAACAUGAGCGCCAUUCAACUUAUAUCGCGUUUUGGGAAAGGGGGAUAUUCGAGUCGUUUACAUUAUUCGACGCUUCCGGCGAUUUGUGUGAACAACAGUUCCAAAUGAGUGGUUUUAUGUGGUGGACUGGGAGAUGUGAUGCAGCAGAAUGAUGACAAUUUUACAAAUACGUGCGCGUGGCGACUCUGUGGUGGCUGUGAGUUUUCCGAAGUGUCCAGGUUUUCGAUGCGAAUCAUGCUUGUGAGUGUUUCCCGGUGUGUCGUGCUUGCGGUAAAAUUAUGUCUUGUGAAAGAGCACCCACGUUGGAAAUGUUUAAGAUUGGCAGAUGCUUAGCGGGAUGAUACAUUCCUUGUAACUUAUAUAGACUAAGACUGACAUAGAUUGUCUUUGUGAGUUUGACUGUGCUCAGGUGACACAUUGAGCAUGUGCUGUUUGUAUACUAGCUUGUUGUGGAAGAACGCAUUAGAACUCAACAAGAUCUGUAGCCUUUAAGCGAAAACCAUUGUUACUAAUGAUGUUAGUCUUCGGUCUUGAACAUGACAAACAAUACAUGAAAACACGGACCGAUAUCAAUAACCAUGAAAACAACUGAAACUAAUCAUAUUUAAGUGAAUUUUGCAUCCUGUUUCGUAUGAUUCAGAGUGGUUCUUUCUUCCGAGAAAAUUACCUCCCGGGAAUGGUUUCUUAUCAUGUCACGACACCAUUUGUUCUUAUCGUACAUAACUCGCAAUAACAUCAAUUACUUGUGGAAAAACAUAAAUGUCCUCGAACGUGAAAGGUUAGAGAAGCGUGAUAAACGUGAAAUGCACUCGCGUGCACGGGAUCCGAUCGCGUGACUUGUUUUCUCUCGUCAUGUCACUUUCUGUCACUCGACAUAAGACUGCCAAAAAUCGCAUACCAGCAGUGAUCGAUACAACCGAAAAAAACACCACAAAAUCAUUGCAGGUGUUAACAACUUGCUCCGAGUUCAUAGUUCUGGUUAAGAAACUUCCCCCUGCCUGACCUAGUUUGAAGUUUCAGUGUAGACAACCAACAGCCGGUCGUGGGUGUUACCUACGAUACCGGAACCAAUUCGUUACGGGGUAAACAUUGAUUAAACAACCAGGAGUAUCAAUCGUUUCGCUCGCUGAGUCGCGGUAUUACAGCACAAUGGUGCCACCUGGGAUACCACCAGGAUGCCGUUGCUGUUGAAGUUUUAUAUAUCAGCAUCUGCGAAAACAUCUGAACACAUUUUAUCAGUUCAUACUUUGUACAGCAUCUAUAUACGAAUGUUCAACGGAUAUUGUUUAACAUACCGGUGACUGCGGAGAGUGAUGGAAUACAACAAAUCACAAGUAGGAUAACUUCGAUCUAUCGUAAAUUGUGCAGUGGAAGUGCUUUGUAUCUGAUUUCGUAAAUGGUGUAUCCAGUGUGCUAUUGGUUAUCACGAUGAACAACAAGUAAUUGGAAAAGUGUAAAAAAAACUAAAUGUCUGUGUAAAGUAUCUACUACAAUCGAGUGUCCAAUACACCAUUCUGGGAUAUCACAGUUCAAAAUGAAAACGAAAAACGGCAAGAGCGCAUCCUCGGCCACAACUGUUUACAGAAUGUUACAGAGCCCGGCACCGAUUUGCAUGUUCUAUUUUGCCCAUCCCUUUGGCAUCUCGUCGCCAGCUACGACCUCCACACCCAGCAAGUCAGCGGCCCCGAUACCGCCGAAACCCACGGAACCCAACCAUCGCAAGUCGGCUCCACAACCAGCACCGAAUUGCAAACAACAGCCGCCAAAAACGGAAAUAGUUCGUCAGCGCCCGGAAAAUCGGGAGGAUUCGAAGAAAACCUCCGUCGUUACGAUUCGGAACGAAAAACCCGCACCAAAGUCAAUCAAACCAGAGAACCGGGUAAAAUUGAAAAAGGCCAAAAAUAGCUCCAAUUUAUCGGUAGCUGCCGGGGCCACCCAAACCACAUUGUCAGUGAAACCACAUUCGAAGGCGAAGAGGCGUCCGAAUGUGGCUGAGCUUGACACGAGGCAAACCACGUUGAUACCGUGGCCGAGCACUAUUUGGAAUCGGGACUUUCUGAUACCGCCACUGCUGCAGGUGUUGGCGAAACAGCACGGUCGGAAAAUACCGGACAUUGAGCAGAUUCUGCGAACUGUUCGCUCUGCCUGGAACACCCCGAAAUCACAACGAUCUAUUCGGCAAAGCCAAGACAGCAAGGAAUCAUCUGCGUCCACCUGGGACCUAUCGAGCUCAUGCGAUAGUUAUUACUGUGACCAGGAACGACGCCACAGCCGAAAAAUGGGUGCCGGAACAUAUGCCACCGUCGUGGGCACUGGCCCGGGACUGCUAAGACGACGUUAUUCUGUACCUGAAAUCAUAAUGAGGAAACAUACCUUGGCACAACAGAAAUCAUACGAUGAGCCGCACGACACCAACCACAACAAUAUCAAUGUGAACAACAAAAACUACUACCCCUCGCAAUAUCACAACCACCAGGUUCCCCAACAGCAGCGCGUUAGUAGAGAGGGUGGAAAAAUGUCACGCACCAGCACCCCCUCAUCCCCUAUUUCAUAUCACAAACAGCAGCAGCAGCAGCAGCACCACCACCACCCACAACAACAACAGCCGCAGUCGCCGCUUCCAGUUCAGCGGAAAUCGAUUACGAGGGCGGCCAGCAGCGUGGAAAGUGGCACCGGUGACUUCAACACGACCACGCUGGCUUCCACCGGGUCCGAGUCGAAUUUGGCCACGAUGAAGCGCCAGCAGUCGUUAGGUGGUAUUAGUCGUAAUCAAAAGUGUAGCAGUGUUAAUGGUUUAAAUAGUAGCACUAAUAAUAAUAACUAUCCUAUUGGUAGCACUGGGGUCAACGGGGUGGGCGCAGGUGUCCUGGGUGGUAUGGGUGGUGCGGAUUUCUCAAUGAGAAAAUCGACCCUGCUGCGAAGGAUGUGGAGCAAAGAAAUGCGUCGCUACGAUCGGUCCGGCAGUUGGUCACCACCGUUGCGGAGAGCCCCACGACGUAUCUACAGCAUUGAGAGUAUUUUACCGCCGGAAGGACUCGCCAGCGGUGGUAGUGGGAGUAGCGAAGGUAGUUGUGCGACCGUUACGACCACCUCGUGCAAGGAAUGUGCGAAACUGGAGAGUCAGUACAAUACUAACGCUAGAGCUGGAAAGUUGGCCAGCGAGUCCCCGAAAAGGCUUCGAUUAGCUGGUUCGUUGACAAAUCUCAACAAUAACCUUCAAAAGGUUGACAGUGUAGAAGGCUCCAGUCGCACCAAUACUCCCGACCGAAAUCCGGCCUCCAGUGAUGGGUUUGAUAGUGCUAGUGUGAUUACCAAAAGUUCCAAACCGGAGAUUUCGAGUACCACUGGUACCACAAAUACCCCUUUGAUACGGCACAAGGGGGAGGUCGUGAAUGACCGAUCCAAACGAACGUUCGUCUUCAUGAACGCUGGUCCGGAUACCCCCGACACGGUCAACGACGUCGAGUUAGAUGAGGCGGACUUAUCUAGUAGCACUUCGUCCAUUGUGUCUCAAACGUACUCGAGACCAAUCGGUUUAACGGGCAACACUGGAACUAUCCUUGAAGCCAGCGAGGAAAGCACUCCAAUCGAUAUCGAGCAAGAGCAGGACGACGACGAAGACGGCACCAGUACGAUUCUGAACGAACAGGAUAACGAAAGUGAUCUCAGUGAAUUCCUGAAGGAGGAAACAAAUGCUCGUGAAAAUGAUAUUGAAAAUUGUCGGGAAGUUGUUGUUGAGCUUGGUGAUAAUAAUGAUGCUGAUGUACAUACUGGAAAAUGUGGUCAGACUGCUGAUGGUAAUGAACCAUCAGGGGCAACUGGUUUGAAGGUCAGCAGUGAGAAACAGCCCUACCAAGGUGAAAGUGAACAGUUUCCCCUAAAAAAGGAUAUAUCGCGACGUGGCAGCAACGCGAGCAGUAGUGCGGUGAGCAUUUCCGCCGAAAGUACGGAAAGUGAAAGUGUUUACAAUGGUGCCAUAAAUCAGCAUCAGGUGACCGAUACUAGGGAAGCGACUUUAUCGCCGAAUAAUAUUCUGAAGAACGAUGAGUGUUUAGACGAAUACAUAUCGAAUUUGCUGGUUGAUAAUUUAAACAAUCUAUUGGAUAGCAAUGAGUUGGUCAAGGCCAGUGUUGACGGUUCGGUUGCAAACGCGGAUCAAAAGAACAAUAAUAGGUUGAUACAGGAGGCCAAAUCAGCAGAUCAAAUUCGUAGCGGUUCGGCGGAAGUCAGUGAGAUGAAGCAAAAAUUAACUGGAAAAUACAUCAACGGGGGCGGAGGCGUGGUGUGCAACUCGCCACCCGAUGCCGUAAGCAAGCUCAAACACCAGCAAAAUAAGCUCAAGAAAGAAUGUGAGAAGGAAAACACCAUUGAGGAUACCUUAAAUAACAAUCGCCAAAAUGGUGGUGAAAUGCCUUCGAAACAUGUUAUGCGAAAGAAAGCAAACCGCUCUGAGAAGCAACCGAACUCCAACGGGUUUUAUCUCGUGCCGAAAAAUGGUUCCCGUGACUCGGAUGGGCUGCCGUCUGAAAUUGAUCUCAACGGGAAAUACUACUUCCCGGCGUACGGCGUUGAAACGGAUCCCUCCGACCAUACGGACAUCGCAUCGGAGCCAGAAGUGCAGAUAAUCGGCAAAAUUGGCACGGGAUCCACCUAUCGAGGGGCUGCUUUCACGAACGGAAUAGUUCCUCGAAUUUCCGCUAUGCCUCGUACGGAAUCUAUGGAAGUGCAGCCGUCAACCACUUCCGCCGAGGAAGAAUUCGACGAUUUGCCAGCAAACAACGAGUCCGAUUCUGACACGCCGAGUCUUGUGGACAGCUUGGAUGAAGUUGAAAUUACCCCUCGGAAGAGACACGAGCGAAGGAAAUCUCUCAUUCCACCCUCGCCGAUUCGGGCAUCUACCACGACUGACAACAAAUCCACAACAAAAUCCGAGACCAACAGCUCGCCACGACACGAGAAGGGGGAAGCUUUCUUCGUGCCCAUCCAAGAUAGUCCGGUUAAAAUCGACGAACAUAUCGUGGUGGCCGAUACGAUGCCGCUGCGAAUCAAGGAGCGUCUGAACAACCGCCAGAGGCUGAUGGUGUGGAAAAAGGAACAGGAUAACCUCAAAAAACACCGCAAAAUGAUGCGAAUGAUUGAGCAGAAAAAGUUCUACGGGGAACCAGCGAUCCAAGUGAUAAGCACAAUUGACCGAGCAAUCAGCCGGAAGGAGCACAUAUCUCCGGCGGAGAAAAAACGAGUUUUUGGGCAGCCCUCAAGUGCGUUCACCCCCAAAGUUCCCAAAGCGAAGAAAAAAGGCAACACAAUGCGAACCGAGCUCGGAAUGCUGGAAUCCUAUAAAAUUGACGCCCGGGGAAAUAUGCAGAUUCAAAAUCCAGCUGCUGAAACCACUCCCAGCGGAAAGAAAGCCUCAAAAAGCCCCUGGGGUCAAGCAGCGGAACGAAGACAAGCAAUGGGCUCAACCGAGGUGCAAGCUACUUCCUCAUCUUCAAAGUCAUCAUUCCAAGCGGUCACCGCAACGACCACAGCAUCCUCUAAAACGCCGAAAAAGACCCCGAUUGAUCCCAGGAGGAAACAGAUUCUGAAGGAUGUACAACAAAUGACUCUCUACCCGCAAGCUGACCUAACGCCGGACAUUGAAAGGGGUCCAAGGCGGAUGUACCAAAAAACAGAAAUCCAAGAAGGUGACAAACAUAUCGAAAUACUGGAAAUAGUUGAGUGCGCAGAAAGUGCUCCCGGUGAUAUUCCACGAAGGCCACCCAGAGUGAGGAGCGCCACCAGUCGGGCUGGACACAAAAAGUCACAAAUUCCUGUUCCCGUUUAUCGGUGGGGUCGCAGCAGACGAAGUAAUUAUUCCCGCGAAAGCAGCCCCCUCUCGGCGGCAGGAACUAAUCCCAAGGUCGACCGAAUGAUUGCAGACUUGCUGAUAGAAGCAUUAACAAAUCCAGAUGAUGUUGGAGUCAAGUUCAUCAAAUCUCCCGACCAAUUAAGAGAGAAAUCAAAACGAUCGGCUGGUAGCCGCAAACAAAUCACCUCGAACAGCUCGACCCCACGAAGGUCGGCCAACAGCGGCAAGUACACCCAACGUUUCGAGGUGAUUCCGGAAGAACGCAGCAGUGUUUCGGUCGAAUCGUCAUCGGAGGAAUUCUCUUCCAGCAAGAAAAAGCACAUCUCUGCUCGCCGUGUCAGCUUCGAUGACAACCACAAGAUUCUAAACGUCGAUGAGUUACAACAAAUGAAACCUUCCAAACUGGCCCCCAAAUCAAGUGCCGCAUCACCGAAACCAUCACCGAAAAAACCAACGCCGAACGCAUCACCCUCACCCAAGGCACCUGCGAUGAAAAAGAAUACCACCACUAGCCGCGGAAAGGCGGCAAUCCAGAGCGAAGUGGUCGAGGAAAAGGGUUGGAUCGGUUUCACGACCCAGCACGAGGACAUUGCCACUCCGGUCAACGGCGAAGAAGAUGGAGAACGGCAUCUUGCACUUGCCCAGACAAGUGCCACUGAGCAUGAACGUAGAAACAUUGUAAAAACCAUCAUAACUGGCAACAUUGCACGCGAAAGUCUUGUUGACACUUCCACCCAGCAGCAUAUUGUUGAUCACUUCCAUCGCCAUCAAAGCGUAAACAUUAGCGUGAACCAUGACGUGACGCCAGUGAUGUUAACCAGUGGAUCGGUGACGUCCGUGGAUCAUAUGCGAUCGACCGUGGCCACCGUUGGAUCAAAUAUAAGCUGUAACGGCACGACUGGCGUCACUAUUUCCGGUACAGAAAACGGCCACACCAGUGGGCAUGCGAGCUCGUCCGAUAUGAUGUCUAUGCUUGGGAGAUCGAUUGGAAGUGGUGUCAUCAAUCGAUUGGCGAUUGCCACCACUUCCAACAAUCGUAGACUGACUAGUGGUGAAUUUUCAGAUGAAUCCUGCUUCACGGAUAGUCUGAAUACGAAACCCACACCGAAGAUAGAAACGAAGAUAUCUCGCGAGCUGUCCAUCCCCAUACGCAUUGAGCAGGAAGUUACGCCUAGCAAACAUGGAGAGCGUAGUUUCAAUGAACUCAAAUCAACCGCAGAAUCCAUGAAAAAAAGAGAGGUAAACUUGGAAAAUACUUGUGAUUGUAGUGAAUCAGUAUACCCCUAUCGUCAGAUUCGAGAGGAAAAUGCGUGGCAUAUUUACGAAAUGGCCGACUGUAAAGUCUUUCAAUCGAAAAUUGAGUAUUUUGAAACAUCAAUUCAUCGCACACCCCUCGCAGAAAAUCAUCAGAACUUCUUCGGCCCGCUCGGUGAUAAAACAGCUGAGUCUCUUCGUUGCGCCAUCCUCAAGCCAAACUUCGACAAUUUUGAAAUCGUACGACACGAACUGAAACCAGACGAGCGUUCUAAUUUAACCUCGUCGGAUACGCUAGACAGUCUACACGUUCCAGCCAUAACUAUGAUAAGAACGCCGGCAAUGAGCGAAGAUGUCCCAAAAACUUCUGAAACCUGCAGCAGUUGCUGUUUCUGUAAUCCUGAAUUACACAAAUACAACAACAACCAAUCGGAAACCUGUUUCUACUGCCAAGCCAAAUCGCAAACUCCUAGUAAAUAUUUUCCCGCCCCACCAACUCCCCCAAAUAUUCAAAUGUCCCCUUUACCGCCAUCUCCAAAAACUCCAAUUACGGAGCUCACACCAACUCCAACUCUGCAAGAAAUACCUCUGCCAUCGCAAAUUAAGUCUCCUCAACCACAACAACCUCAACCACAAACCGAUUCUCCCCCAACCGCAUCUAACGGUGAGAGCAAGCCAACCGAAAACCCCACGAAAGACAACCAAACCGCUACAAGCACUGGUACCACGACCAAUGCCUCUGCCACCUCAAUCAACGGUCUCUAUACGGAGACUACUAAAAAGACUGAUCACACCCACACCAAAACCAAAACUAAAACACCCGACACUGUCAGCACAAAAUGUACCAAAACGAAUGAGAAAACCAAACGCUCGUACGUACCCGCGACCGACGAUAUCCAAAAACUCGAGGAAAUCUCCAAAAAGCACACCCGCAAAAAGUCCGAAACCACCGUUCUCAAUAGACCGAAAAACGUGAACAAUCUCAAUCGUGCCACCAGUGUCAUUCACACCGUACAGAAGGAGGUCAAGAAUGAGCUCAAAACACCCAUCAAAGUACUGCCCAAAACAGCCAAAGAACUAAGCAAUCGCAAGGAGCGGGACAAGCAGAUAACGUUGAAUCUCCCACUGGAAGAGGAGCAUACACAGAAGACCACCGAAAAGCCCAAAGCCAUCCGCAGCUUCGAGACCAUGUUGCACGAUGAAGAACUACUCGGCGAAGGAUCAUCCCAGAGCUACGACGAAUCGUCUUCGUCCAGCUCGACGGACACCAGCCCAAACUCGAGUCCGUUCAAAAAAUGCGCGGCCCUUCCACCGGCAGCUCGCUGGAAGCAUAACAGCGAACGGAACCUCACCCAGUUAACGAUGCAGAAAAUUUCCGCGGCCAGCAAAUGGGGUAACAAGUGGCGCAAGGCUGCCCGGCAGCACGAGCGUGGGCCGGAAGAUCCCGUCGAGACUACGGUGAGUCCGAUACGGAGGCGCCCGGAUGAGAUGCUGGCCGGCGAAGCACAACAACGGUCGAAACUUCAGGACGAACGACUUAAUGGGGGCGUGAGUGCGGCAACGGGCACCACAGCGACCGCCAUCGUACCAAGCAUUGCGACAGGAGUCACCCAAAGCACGGCAACCAAUCAAGGGUGGACGGUAACAGUGGCGGGCAACUACAACCCAGAGAUGGCCCCGGACGUGGAGAUGCGACUCAGUUUCCCCAAACAAUCGGGCGCUUCAUCGUCCACCAGUAAUGUCCUCACGAACAGCAGUGCUGGUGGCGCGACCAGUUUCGGCGGCAGCAACAAACGGGCCAACCAUCCGGUGACCAAUGGACACGAAGUUGGUUACCAUUCCAGUGCGUUGGUCGGCAGUCGGAAGCAAUACAUCGAGGAUUCGCAUCACAUUCCGGGCCGCGGCGGAGCCCAGAACUACGCCCUGCUAGAUGAUGACAGCUACGGCGGCAGUAGGGGAACCGCACGCGCUGCUCUCCCCCCUGCGGCGGGACUGAACCCCAAGCGAACCCUAUCCCGAGCGGAUGGGAAUGCAGGCGGCAAAGAUUAUCGUCUUCCAAAUGUUGGCACAUCGAACAACGUUACGGCAAGACAGAACGCUAAGAAAUCAAUCAAGCAAACUAUGGAAUGUAGUGUCGUGGCUUCCGCAACAACGAGAACCGUUGCCAAUAAAUACCACCUGCUCUCUCAUCAGCAUCAACUAAUGCACGAACAGGCCCAACAGCAGGCGAAUCCCUAUCUGCUAAACUCGUCUUCCCCCUAUCAUCAUCCGCAGCAUUCAUCCACAGUCGCUGGUCCACCAACAACAGCAACUGCAACGACUGGUGGCGGAAACCGCGGUGGUAAACCACGAGCCACGUCCAUCCACGCACUCCAUCCUUCAUUGCAAAAUGGCGGCGGUGGCAAGUUCCUCUCAUCCAAUACGCACCAGCCGCGCUAUCAUGAUUCUUCAUCCUUAGAUUAUGGAAAUAACGCAUACAGCCACGGGAACCGACGAAUGUCCCUGGACAGCCAACACGGCGGACCACUGGACAAUCUGUCCGUGAUGGGCAACGCAAUCGCACCGGAGCACAAACCUAGGGUACCAACAAUGAGCGAACGGGAUUUGACGCGGAGACACUACCCCUGUUAUACCCGGAAUCAGCCCUACUUUUCGUAGAAAUGAGCACCAACCGAAUGGACGGUUUACAUCUAGUCGUUUGUUUCAGUUAGAUUAGACAAAAGAAAACUUGUUCUUAUUAUCAAACUGUUAGUCGAAGAUCAAAAUUUGUUGUUUCGUUAGUUGAUUAUCACUCCCCCCCCCCUUUCAGCGGUUAUUCAUUUGAACGAAAUAUAAUGUUUUACUUAGAUGUUAUGAUUGCGUUUAACUUAUGUUACAUAAUGCCGAAUCAGACAUGGUGAUUAGCAAUAAAAGAAAGUAUUAACAUGCAUUAAUAAAUAGUUAAGUAUA